AUGGAAAGUUUAUUACCAGAAUUUGAAACUAUAUCAUUAAUUCAUCCAACAUGCUUAAAUACAACUAGUCAUCUCCUCGAACAAAGACAAUUUCUAUCGACCCAGCCAUUGGUUUUUGAAUUUGAAGGUGUUGAUGACGAUGAUUCUCUCGAUGAUCAAGAAUUAAAUUUUUAUCAUAAUGCCAAUAUAAGAUAUAGUUCCGAAUUUAUUUUCCGUCCUUCUAAUAUUCCAUGUUCGACCUUUAAUCCAUCUUUAAAUCCUCUACCACAAAAUGAAAAUAUUAAAAAUGAAAAUAAUAAUAAUAAUAAUAAUAAUAAUAAUAAUAAUAAUAAUAAUAAUAAUAAUAAUAAUAAUAAUAAUAACCAAAUUAAUAAUAAUAACCAAAUAAAUAAUGACCAAAUAAAUAAUAAUAAUAAUAAUAUAAAUAAUUGUCCAAUUGAAAAUAUUAGAAAUCAUUUAGGAAAAUUAGAAAGAGAGGGUAAAAUCAAAAUUCCAAAAGUUAAGAAAACCUUAAAUAAUAAUAUUGGCAAAUCAAAUUUUAAAUUAAAGAAAAAAAGCUUUUUAAGUGAAAAAAAAAUUAUAUCGAUUUCAAAAACAAUGAAAAAGAAUGUUUUGUGUUUAAUAAAAAUUUAA